AUGGGUGCUGGGAUGGGUAGGACAGGAACGAGUGGCGGAGGUCUCCUGGAGGCAUUACCCACCGGCUCGCCACUCCAUGUUGCCAUGCUGGGCCUAGACAGCGCUGGAAAAACCACGGCAUUGUAUCGACUCAAAUUCGAUCAGUAUCUCAAUACUGUUCCCACGAUUGGUUUCAACUGUGAGAGAAUUCGCGGGGCUAUUGGAAAAGCCAAAGGUGUAAAUUUUCUGGUAUGGGAUGUCGGCGGCCAAGAAAAGCUGCGACCCCUGUGGAAGUCUUAUACAAGAUGCACCGACGGUAUUAUAUUUGUCGUAGACUCGUGUGACACGGAAAGACUCGAGGAAGCUAAAAUGGAAUUAACUAGAACAGCUCGAAGUCCAGACAAUGCCGGAGUGCCGAUACUUAUUUUAGCUAACAAACAAGAUUUACCGGGUGCUAAAGAGGUUGGCGAGCUGGAGAAGCACCUUGGCGUGCUUGAGCUGACAGGAUCUCCGGGGUGUUCGUGCAUAAGAGUCCAACCGGCUUGUGCUAUCACCGGGGAAGGUCUCCACGAGGGCCUGGAUACUCUUUACCAAUUGAUACAGAAGCGGCGCAAACUCGCUAAAUUGAACCGCAAACGGGCCAGGUAG